ACUGGACAUGGAAUUUCAUCAUGAUCUAUAAACUCUUGUAUUUGCUCUAAUAUAAACAGUGACAACCACGUGCUCCUCCUUAUCCUUGUGUAGGCUAUCGCCGGCGGGCAUAUUGACAAAGUCACAUCAAGAUCCCAAGGAAGAAACUGGAUAAAACGCAAACACCAGCCCCAGCAAUAUGUCGGAGUCAGCGGUGGAGAGAUGCAAAGCCAGUGCCGGAAGUAGGACAAACACCAUGACUGAUCCUAGAUUCCGCAUUCGCCCACUGCAACAGGUUGCCUCGGCAUGUACAGGAGCCAUGAUAACCGCCUGUUUCAUGACACCGUUGGAUGUGAUAAAGACGCGUCUACAGACUCAACAAUCGCUUAUGCUCUCACAGAAAUGUUUCCUAUAUUGCAAUGGUCUCAUGGACCACAUUUGUCCAUGCGGACCGAAUUCAGGUCCGGCUAAACCAGCAACGCACUUCUCCGGCACAAUUGAUGCAUUCAUUAAAAUCAGUCGCAGUGAGGGUAUUGGGUCUCUCUGGUCUGGCCUUAGUCCCACGUUGAUAUCCGCCCUCCCAUCGACCAUUAUAUAUUUUGUGGCCUAUGAACAGUUUAAGGCUCGCUUCGCCGACCUCCACUACAAGUAUCUUAACCAGUCGUCGGGCUCAAGCUCAGACAUAUCUAUGUUGGUCCCCCUUACGGCUGGAGUGGCAGCACGCGUACUGGCUGUGACAUGUGUUAGUCCUGUCGAAAUGAUUCGCACCAAAAUGCAAUCACAGAAGAUGAGCCAUGCCGAAAUGCUUAGCUCUGUACGACAGGUGGUUCAAUCUCAGGGUAUUCUAGGCCUGUGGCGUGGUUUGCCCCCCACCAUUCUAAGAGAUGUUCCCUUUUCGGGAAUUUAUUGGACAUCAUAUGAGUACCUGAAGAGCAGCUUCAAUGUUGUAGAGCCCUCGUUUGGUUUCAGUUUCAUGGCCGGUGCUAUUUCGGGAUCGGUAGCUGCUACUAUAACCACACCGUUUGAUGUGAUCAAGACACACGACCAAAUCGAAUUUGGUGAGAAAUUCAUAUUCUCAGGUAGGCCACGAUCCAUUGCUAUAUCGAUUGCUAGCAGUAGCAACACCACUGAUCUCGGUAAUACUGCGGUUUGUCUUACCGUAGAUAAUCCCCAACCGCCGCCCCGGUCAACAGCCAUCACCAGAUCUAUUUUAGAUCGCCUGGCAAGCAUUUAUCGACUUGGUGGCAUCGGUGGCAUAUUCGCUGGGCUGGGGCCACGUCUAUUUAAGGUGGCACCUGCCUGUGCCAUUAUGAUUUCUACAUUUGAGUAUGGAAAAUCAUUUUUCUAUCACUACAAUGUUGACCAGCACAAUGAAUUGAUUAAGGGUCAAGAAGGAGCGACACCACUUCUAAUCAGCAGCAGCAUUUCCAGCACAUCCUAUUCAGAAUCCAUGGACAAGUAGUGCCAGUUCUCACCAUUCAACAUUUAGCUACAAGCGGAAAAUAUGUAAAUAUAUAAAUAAGUGAAAUUAACCAAAGUUACAACAACAACAAAAACAAACAAAUAACAAAUGGGUUCAAAUAUAGCUCUGGAAUUAGAUUAUUUUGAGGGGAAUCAUGUUGGAGCUUUCUGUUAAAUUGAUUAGUGAAAUAAAAUUCUUGUUUUCUUUUA